UUACAGGCAAGUGGUAUCAUAAGAUGCAAGUAUGGAUUAUAGUUUUAUGUUUAUUUGGUCAUGUUACUUCGGACGAUUUUCCCUCCCUCAUAACUGCCAACGCGUCCAUAGCUGUAGUAUUGGAUCAUCAAUUUCUACAAGAUAAAUAUCAGCCAAUAUUGGAUGAAUUAAAGGAUUACAUAAAAGAGUUAGCGAGAGUUGAGCUGAAACAUGGUGGUGUUUUAGUCCAUUAUUACUCUUGGACCGCAAUUAAUCUGAAAAAAGGUUUUCUAGCAGUGUUUAGUGUAGCUUCCUGUGAAGACACUUGGUCACUAUUUAAGCGGACAAAAGCGGAACAGUUACUGCUGUUCGCACUUACAGAAGUGGACUGUCCUCGACUGCCUUCAGACUUGGCGAUUACAGUCACGUAUACAGAACCUGGGGAAGAAGUACCUCAAAUGAUCCUGGAUCUAAGAACUGAAAGGGCAUUUAAUUGGAAAUCUGUAAUCAUGCUACACGAUAAUACACUAAAUCGUGAUAUGGUGUCUCGGGUAGUCCAAUCUUUGACUUCGCAUAUUGAUGAUGAAGACGUGCCAUCCGUAUCUGUCACCGUGUUUAAAAUGAAACAUGAGGUCAACGAAUAUUUGCGACGAAAGGAAAUGUAUCGAAUUAUUUCUAAACUUCCCGUUAAAUAUAUAGGUGAAAAUUUCAUAGCGAUUGUAACGUCUGAUGUAGUGACGACUAUGGCUGAAACAGCUCGCGAUCUCGGCAUGUCGCACACGCUUGCCCAGUGGUUGUAUAUAGUAUCAGAUACGAGUACACGUAGAGGAAAUCUAUCAAAUUUGAUAAAUGAUUUAUACGAAGGUGAAAAUAUUGCCUACAUUUACAACAGGACAGAUGUAAGCUCUGAAUGUCAGAAUGGUAUAUUAUGUUAUUGCAAAGAGCUGAUGAAUGCUUUCAUAUCAGCGUUAGAUGAAGCAGUACAAGAAGAGUUUGACGUUGCUGCUCAGGUUUCUGAUGAAGAGUGGGAAGCCAUUAGACCCACUAAAAGACAGAGACGAGAUAUGUUAUUGCGCCAUAUGCAGCAACAUAUAUCGACUUUUAGUAAAUGUGGAAACUGUAGUACUUGGCAUGCUCUGGCUGCAGACACAUGGGGAGCAACAUACAGACGACAAACAGAUAAUAUUAUAAGUAAUAAAGAAGAUAACUACACUAAUAUCCUCAUAGAGCAUGUAAAUUUAUUACAAGUCGGUUUUUGGCGGCCGAUUGAUGGUAUAAAAUUUGAAGAUGUUUUAUUCCCACACAUUCAGCAUGGGUUUCGGGGAAAAGAACUGCCUAUUUUAACUUAUCAUAAUCCUCCAUGGACGAUACUGCAAGCGAAUGCUUCUGGCGCUAUCAUCAGCUAUGGAGGGCUAUUGUUCGAUAUCGUUGGUCAAUUAGCUAAAAGCAAAAACUUCACAAUCCGUAUCGUUCUUCCGGGUCACAUAAAGGAGGAUUCUUCAAAUGAUACAUCUACUGAUAUGAUGCACAGCACGAGUGCGAAGUUGACUCUAUCAGCUGUUGCAAGAGGAAAAGUAGCCAUUGCGGCUGCCGCUAUUACUAUUCUAUCAGAUCCACCCCGAGGUAUAAAUUACACGAUUCCCGUGAGCAUACAGCCGUACGCUUUCAUAAUAGCGCGACCUCGGGAGCUCAGCAGAGCUUUAUUGUUCCUUCUGCCAUUUACAACUGAUACAUGGCUCUGUUUAGGAUUUGCUGUUAUAUUAAUGGGACCGACUUUGUUCAUAAUACAUAGACUUAGUCCAUAUUACGAUGCAAUGGAAAUAACUCGUGAAGGAGGCUUAGCAACUAUACAUAAUUGUCUUUGGUAUGUUUAUGGAGCUUUAUUGCAACAAGGAGGGAUGUAUCUCCCAAGGGCCGAUAGUGGAAGGCUAGUCGUAGGAACAUGGUGGAUUGUUGUAUUAGUCGUUGUCACAACAUACUCAGGCAAUCUCGUUGCUUUCCUAACUUUUCCUAAAUUGGAAAUUCCAAUCACGACGAUAAGCGAACUUACUCAAAGUAACUUGUAUACGUGGUCAAUUAAUAAAGGCUCUUAUUUGGAAAUGCAAUUGAAAAACUCUGACGAGCCCAAGUACGUAUCUCUGCUGAAGGGUGCUGAGAUGACAACGCCCAGCGGGACUGACGCGAACUUAAUGACUGGAUCUUCACUAAACCGUGUGCGUAAGGAACGUCACGUUAUGAUAGAUUGGAGACUGAGAUUAAAAUAUUUGAUGCGAGCUGACACAUUAGCUACUGACUCUUGUGAUUUUGUGCUUAGUUCUGAGGAGUUUAUGGAAGAACGAGUAGCAAUGAUAGUUCCAGCAGACAGUCCGUAUUUACCAGUAAUAAACAAAGAAAUUAAUCGCAUGCAAAAAGCGGGGCUCAUCAAUAAAUGGUUAAGUGCUUAUCUGCCAAAGCGUGACCGGUGUUGGCAGACCUCCAGCUCGACUCGGGAAGUCAAUAACCACACUGUCAACCUUAGUGAUAUGCAGGGAUCGUUCUUUGUUCUAUUUCUUGGUGUUUUCUCUGCUACAACCGUGCUCCUUUCCGAAUGGUUCUACAACAGACGUAAGAAGAAAAACGAACGAGUGGUCAUAAAGCCAUAUGUAGAAUGAAUAUAUUAUACCAAAUGUAAACAAUAAACAUGUUAUGAUAUA